CUGAACAGAGGAGCGCUCACGCGGGGCAGUAUGGGAGCAUCGUCCAGUCUACUGGAUGAAAAUAAAUCCAACUACAUAAAAGGUCAAGUGGAUGUCAAAUUUCAGGAGUUUGCACCGAUUUAUAGGAAACAAUUUUCUUUGCCCUUCCUGUCCCAGAUCCAAGAUGAACUUGAGCAACGCAAAGUAGAACACACACAGCUCCUCAAACAAAGGAAGCCUCUAGAGGCAGGACAGGUGCUUUAUGAAGAGAAUGUGCUGUUCUUUGAUGAUAGCAGGAAAUGGAAAGUCAGAUUUAUUGUGGUGCGUGCCAGUUACGUCCUCGAGUGCCACGAAAGCUACAAGACAUUUAUGAAAGGUGUGCCUGCACUGCACAGGCUUCUACCUACAGGGGGCACAAUUUUCACUACAGAAGAGAAGUACAUGGAAAUGGUGGACCAGUGCUGCCCUUGCACUAACAAUGUCCAGGAAGAUUUUGCUCCCCCUGCGGCGGGUAUGCCAGGGAAGUUCCCUGUUUAUCUUAGACUUCCAUACCGUCAGGAUUACUAUUUCUGUUUCCGCAUGAAGAAAAAGCUAGCUAAAUUCAUCUCCAUCUUAUCUGAUUGUAUUCGCCACCAGAACAAAGACUUUCUAAGGAAGAAGACAUGUGAGGUUAAAGCCUUCCUCAAAGCCCUUCAGAUCUAUAGGCAGGAGAAAGGCCAGUAUGAAUCGUGGGAUAUGCUCAUUGGCAGUGAUGUGCGAGCGCUUGCUAACCUGUUGAUGGAGGACUUCAUGCCCUACCUGGAGAAGGAACUUCUGCCAUGUCUGAAGUCCAAGAAGGCAGACAAGAGGAGAGUGUGGUUUGCAACAGUCAAGGCUGCUUAUUACCUGGUGCAAGAGCAACUGAUGGAGAGACUGGAUGCACUGAAAGAGGAAUGCAAAGAGAUGGUGAAACAGCAAGGGGUGCUCAUGCGCUCCAAUAUGGACCAGAUCACCAGCUCUAGAACUUUCCUGGAAGGCAAACUCAGAGCCAUGGUAACUGAGCCAGCAAUGAAGUAUUGCACAGAGCAUGUUCAGCCUUACCUGCCAGCUAUCCUGGAAGAAGUGAUGGUGCCCAUCAACCUGGGAUUCACAGAGGCCCGGCAGUUAAGCGAGAGCAUGAUGGAGCAGCUGUGUCAGGACUUCCAAGAUGCUGAUCAUAGGGAGGAAUCCAUACAGGCUCUUUUUAGAAUGAGUAUGGCUAAUUUAGAAAGCUGUUAUGAGAAAGUGAGUGGACUGGCAGAUCACAAUCAAGAGCUGCAGCAAACCUUCAACUAUUCCACCAAAGGUCUGAAGGACAACACAGAAAUAGGCAUACAACAGAUGAUGGAGAAUGCAGAGUACACCUUUGAGCUGCUGAUGCGAAAGGCUCUGGAGGACCCAUCUGUCAACUUUCCUAUGGCUAUGCAAAAGGCCAAACACAGAGUUCUGAGGCAAUUUGACUAUGACAGUAGCACAGUGAGAAAGAAGAUCUUUCAGGAGGCUUUGAUCAGCAUCACUCUACCCAGCAUAAAGAAACACCUGGACCCAUCCUUCAAAAAGGAACUACCAAAAUUUCAGCAAUAUAUAUUUGCUGAUUACUCCAACUUCAUCAGUGUGGAAAACGUGUAUGAGGAUAUUCUCCAACAGAUACUGGAAAAGGACGUCAGCAUGGUGGUCAAGGAGGCAGCCAGCAUGAAGAAGUACAACCUGUUCACAGAGAGCAAAUACAAUUUCAGUCUGUCCAGCCUGUCCUCCACCCCGCCAGGAUCCAAACCCAGCAGCCCGGCCCACUUAAAAACCCCACAGAGUCUGUGCACAGCCCUACCGCCCUUUCCUUUGCUAACCAAUGGCCUGGCAGUAAAAAAAACUUUCACCAAUGAACUACAGCCAGCAAUGAAUAGGGCUGUUAAGUCACCUGAAAAGUCAAGUCCAAAGAGUGAAAGUCAAGCCCAGCCUAGUGCCACACUGUGCCAAGCUCUGCCUGCUGCCAUGCCUGUUGUGGUAAAAUUUGAUGUGGGAGAGAACACAACAGUCCUAGAAAAUAGCAUGGAUGAUCUAUUUGUGACUGCUGAAACAGUAAAUGAGAAAACACCCGAACAGACAGCAACCUUCAUUUCCACGGACACUUCAGCUGAGACUAAACCAAAACUUAUACCUAAAGCAACCACUGCAAAAGCUUUGGCCAUCGUUGCCCCUGUUGUUAACCCUGACCCUAAUCCUUCUAGUUCAACAGGAGGUGGUGCAGCUUUCUCAGACUUUGCUAAUAAACACUCAGUAGUAAUCAGUCCUGUUUGCAUUAAAACCACGAACACUACUUCCUCUUGCUCUGGAGGAGAUGCUGUAUUCACAGCACCCCCUGCUGGAAAGGAGGACAACAACAGGGCUGCAGUAAAGACAGAGGUCACUUUAGAUGACCCAGUCACAAACAGAGCAGGGAUAAGUGAUGUCAGUGUGGUGGAAAACAAAUAUCCGAUUGCAGUUUGUUUAUCCACUGAAGAUGCAGAGACAGAUUUUCUUCAAACUGUUCAUGACAUCUCCAAAGUAUCGGGCAACCAGCCAAUCACAGAUCCAGAACACACAUCAGAAUCUCUGCCUUUAUCAAGCCCAGAGGAUGAAGUCAAGCCCCUGGACUGUGUGAAGGCGAUUCGUGAUCUGGUAGUGGAGAUUACUGAAAUAGAGGAGGUGGUUCAGCCUUGCAAAGACACUGGGGAAAAAGUUCCACUUGAAAUGUUCAAGGAAACAGAGACUAUAGUUUAGUCUCAACCAAGGCUUAAUGGAAUGUUCCAGGAUCAAAAUAAUUUAAGUUCAAUCGAUGGCAUUUGUGGCAUAAUGUUCAUUACCACAAAAAAUAGUUUUGAAUAUAUAUAUAUAUAUAUAUAUAUAUAUAUAUAUAUAUAUAUAUAUAUAUAUAAAGAAAAACAUCACAAUUACAGGCAACCACAAUAGAAGUAAAUGGGGCCAGUCCAUAAAUGUUCAAAUUAUUUAGAAAAGUAUAGCAAUGAUAUCUAAACAUUAUACAUGUUGACAUGAUUUUAGUGUGAUAAAACAAUGGAUUUACUGGCAUUUUACCAGACUACGAAGUUGGGUUGUCAUGACAACAAAAUUGUAAUAUUGGAUAUAACUUUAUAUAGAUAAAAUAAGUGAUUAUAUCACAAUGAAGUCAUGUUAACACUAAUAAUGUUUACAUCUUUUGGCUAUAUACUUUUGAAGCAUUGUGUAAUUUAUUGUUCAUGGACCGGCCCCAUUCACUUCUAUUGUAAGUGCCUUAUUGUAACCACGAUUUUUGCUUCUUUUUUGUUUUUAAAUAGACGUGGGCCGAGUCAAAAUACAUUUCUGUGGUAAUCAACAUUGUCACAAAUGCUGUCAGUCGAGCUCAACUUGCAUAAACCCAGAAAUGUUCCUUUAAGGCUCAACCAAUGCCAUGUUUAACAGUUUAUUUUACCAAUGGCAAACAAAGGGAGUGUUCAAGAAACACGUUUUAGAACAGUCAUUAUUUUUAAUACUCCACAGAUGUGAUGAAGAGAAUUAUAGCUUUUAGACUGUAAUUUUAUGUUGUAUAAAAGAAUCCAACAUAAAGGCUUUCUUUCUUCUGCUUAACACAUACAAUGAUUUUUAGAAGAAUAUCUCAGCUCUGAAAUCAUGUUAACACUAAUAAUGUUUACGUCUUUUGGCUAUAUACUUUUGAAACAUUUUGUAAUUUAAUGUUUACGGAUUGGCCCCAUUCACUUCUAUUGUACGUGCCUUACUGUAACCACGAUUUUUGCUUCUUCUUCUUUUUUUUUUAAAUAGACGUGGGCUGAGUCAAAAUGAUUUUUUUGUGGUAAUCAACAUUAUGCCACAAAUGAUGUAGAUUAAGCUUAACUUGCAUGUACCCGGAACAUUCCUUUAAAGGGUUAGUUCACCCUCAUGCCAUCCCAUGAGUCUUUCUUUCUUCUUCAGUACACAAAUAAAGAUUUUUAUAAAAAUAUCUCAGCUCUGUAGGUCCAUACCAUGCAAGUGGAUGGGUGCCAAAAUUUUGAAGCUCCAAAAUCCACAUAAGGACAACAUAAAAGUACUCCAGAUGACUCUGGUGGUUAAAUCUAUAUCUUCUGAAGCGAUAUGAUAGAUGUGCAUGAGAAACAGAUCAAUAUUUAAGUAUUUUUUCCUUCACUUUCACCUUCUGUUUUUGGUGAUUCACAUUAUUCGUGCAUAUCGCCACCCUACUGGGAAAGGAGGAGAAUUUAUGACAAAAAAUUACUUAAAUAUUAAUAUGUUCCUCACCCACAUCUAUCAUAUCAUGUCUGAACACAUGGAUUUAACCACUGGAGUCUUAUGGAUAACUUUUAUGCUCCCUUUAUUUGUAUUUUGGAGCUUAAAAUUUUGGGAACCAAUUCACUUGCAUUGUAUUGACAUACAGAGCUGAGAUAUUCUUCUAAAAAUCUUCUUUUGUGUUCUGCAGAACAAAGAAAGUCAUACACAUCUGGGAUGCAAGGAAGGUGAGUAAAUCAUGAGAGUAUUUUCAUAUUUGGGUAAACUAUCAAUUUAAGGCUCAACCAAUGGCAUGUUUAACAGUUUAUAUUACCAAUAGCAAACAGAGGGAGUGUUCAAAAAACAUGUUUAAGAACAGUCAUUAUUUUGCUACUCCACAGAAAUGACGAAGAGAAUUAUGGCUUUUAGACUGUAAUAGUAUGUUGUAAAAAAUAGUUGAAGAGAAAAGUGUUUCUCACUCUGAGGACUAUUUUAAUGGCAUAAAUGUAAUAUAGUUAAUCUUAUUUCAUGUAUUAAUCUAUUGUUUUAAGAUAAUAUAUACAAAUACAUUUCUACGGAAAGAAUAUGCCAUGUUCUUAUAUCAUCAAAGUGGAUUUCAUCUUUCAAAUAACACACUCACAACAUGAGCAAACAGUAACUGUCACUCAUCUGCCUAAGUAACUUACCCAAAAAGCAGAGCUAUAUCAGAAUCUGCCAAGAAUGAAGCUCAACUGCUUGCUUUAGACCCACACUGUAACCUCGAAUGGUUAGUCCUCCAUGGAAUCUGGCUCUGUGACAUAUCUAUAGUGCAGUGCCAUUUGUUGUCAUGAAUCUGGGACCAAUCUCAUUUUGAAUGAUGUACAGGUACCUUUUGUGCAGGUGAUGUCACAUGUUCCAGCAAGUGCAAUCACAGAGAUUGUGUAUUAUAUCAGGCCUGUCACUACAGAUACUGGUCUGGGCACUUUGCUCUCUCUUUGAUGUCCAUUUAAACAAUAAGA